AUGUCAGACAUCAAUCUCCAGGAGGUGCACGACUACUUGGUCGACGUCGCCAAGCAAGCAGGCAAAGUCAUCACUGCUGCACGUCCGUCGACGACAGCGGCCUGUGAGAAGAAGAAUUCAGUUGAUCUGGUCACAGAGACUGAUCAGGCCACUGAGCGUCUCAUCACUAGCCUGAUUCACGAAAGAUAUCCCAAUUUUGAAACCUACCAACCUGGCGACAUCCUGACGGAUCGUCCAACCCUGAUAUGCGACCCCGUCGACGGAACCACCAAUCUAGUGCACACGUAUCCAUAUGUCAGCAUCUCUCUGGGACUCGCUAUUGACCGAAAGCCCGUCGUUGGCGUCGUAUACAACCCUUUCACGAAAACCUUGUUCUCUGCUGUCAAAGGAAUGGGCUCCUUCCUGUCUGAUCCCUUCCAUGAUCAUGUACAACUGCCCCUGAAAGAGCCAGAGGCCCUUGCUCUUGACAAAGCUCUCAUAGCUGUGGAAUGGGGAAGCGAUCGAGCUGGCCACGACUACGACAUCAAAGUCAAGACUUUCCGCAACCUCUGCGCCAGUUCAGAAGAAGGCGGUGCUAUGGUGCAUGGCAUCCGCUCCUUCGGCUCGGCUGCCCUGAACCUGUGUGGCGUCGCUGCCGGCCAUCUAGAUGCCUACUGGGAAGCAGGUUGCUGGGCUUGGGAUGUGUGCGCUGGUUGGGUGAUUCUAGAAGAAGCCGGCGGGCAAGUCGUUGAUGCAAACAGGGGCAACUGGCAACCGAGAGUCGACGAAAGACGAUAUCUGGCAGUGAGAAAAGGAGAGGGCCAAAACGCUUUCAUCGAAGACCUCUGGAGUCAUGUUGCUGGAAACCUGAAAGUAGGCAUUUGA